AUGCCUUGGAGUUUUGUAUGGGGGGUGGUUGUUGUUUAUGGAAUAAGUCAAGGACUGGGUGGAGCUCUUUCUCGCGUGGGCACAAAAUAUUACAUGAAGAAUGUGCAGAAGGUGCAGCCUUCUGAAGCCCAAUUUUAUCAAGGAAUUAUUUAUUUUCCUUGGAUGGUCAAGCCUAUCUGGGGUCUCCUCACGGAUGUUGUCCCAAUUUUUGGGUAUCGAAGACAUCCUUAUUUCAUUUCUGCCGGUUCUAUGGGAGUGAUCUCCAUGCUCCUGUUAUCAUUCCAUGAAAAGCUGCACCUCGCAUUUGCCGUCUUGUCAUUAACAGGAGGAAGUGCUGGAGUAGCUGUAGCAGAUGUCACCACCAUAGAUGCCUGUGUGGAACAGAACAGUAUUAAUCAUCCUUCACUUGAAUCUGAUGUGCAAAGUCUGUGUGCCUUAAGUUCCUCCAUUGGGGCACUAGUGGGAUUCUCUAUCGGUGGUAUCUUUAUUCAUCUUAUAGGCCCUAAGGUCAGCUUCUUUUGA